AUGGCGGAAUUCAAGGAUCCGUCUCAGUGUGAAUAUCUGAUCUACACAUCCACGCCCAGCACAAAAUCCGGCCUGGUUGAGUCGCGUCCUAGAGUCGCGCACACACUGGAACAGCCUGAAGAGAACAAUAGCGAAAAUCUUUGCAGCAAUAUCGAUGAGGCUUAUGCCGCGGUAGUUAUGCUCGAUGCUCCGAGACGAGGUGUGGCGAACUGGAGUUUACGUCACGCGUAA